AUGGCACAGGCGCAGGCGGUUCUAGUGAAAGUAAUUGCUGAGACGAAAAAAACAAGAAAUACAAAUUCUCAAAAUUCUUUAUCGGAGGAAAAUAUUCUUAUGAGUGUUAUUUUGCCAGUAGUCACCACCCCAAGUCACCACCCAAUCACCACCCCAAAUCACCACCCCAAUCAGUCCCCAAGUCACCACCCCAAAUCACAAACACCACCCACACCCUCAACCACCCCAAGUCACCACCCCAAGUCACCACCCCAAGUCACCACCCCAGUCACACCCCAUCACCACCCAAAGUCACCACCCCAAGUCACCACCCCAAACCCACCACCCAAGUCACCACCCCAAGUCCAAGUCACCACCCCAAGUCACCACCCCAAAUCACCACCCCAGUCACCACCCCCAAGUCCACCACCCCAAGUCACCACCCGGUCACCACCCCAAGUCACCACCCCGUCCCCACCCCAAAUCACCCACCCGAGUCACCACAAGUCCACCCGAGUCCACCACCCCAAGUCACCACCCAAAUCACCACCCCGAGUCACCACCCAAGUUCACCACCCAAGUCACCACCCCAAGUCACCACCCCAAGUCACCACCCCAAGUCACCACCCCAAGUCACCACCCCAAAUCACCACCCCAAAUCACCACCCCAAGUCACCACCCCAAAUCACCACCCCAAAUCACCACCCCAAGUCACCACCCCAGACGUGUGAAAUGUGGAUAGUAACUGCCGUAGAGUUCGCUAAAGGAUGUUGGACCUUGCUGUGGCGGGAAGGUAUUGGGGACUUUCACGCGGCUAGGCAAGGGAUGAUCCAAAGUGUCCACCUCGACAGGCUAGAACCGAGGGCGUGGGCGGCGGGCGUGAAGUUGCGCGUGAGGAGCGAGGGCGGCCGGCCGCGCGAGGAGGGCGGAGGGCUGGAGUCACGGUCAGUGGCCGCCCGCGUCCCGGCAGCUGCUCAGCCCGGGCGUGAGUAUCUCGCUCCGCCAACAGAAAGUGCCUUGAAUGCACACCGAACGAUGACACAAUUCCUCCGCGACUGA